AUGUCGUACUUGAAUAAUCCGGCCAUUGUCAUGGACAAUGGUACUGGACUGACGAAAUUGGGAUUUGCUGGUAAUGAUUCUCCAUCGUGGAUUUUUCCUACAGCCAUAGCCACGGCACAGCGAUCAGCGACAAAAAGCAGCGGCAGUGGGGCAAGUGGGAGCUCUGCACAAAGCACAUCAAAUCCGUAUUUCGGAAACUCCACCUCUGCCACUUCUUUCAACAAUUUGGCUUCCGCGGCGCUCAUGUCAAACAAUUUGGCCGGGAAACGUGGUACCGAGGAUUUGGACUUUUACAUCGGUAACGAAGCACUCUCCGCAGCCCAGGGACCUUCGUAUUCCCUUAGCUACCCAAUUCGCCACGGUCAAGUCGAAAAUUGGGAUCAUAUGGAGAGAUUUUGGGAAAACUCGAUCUUCAAGUACCUGAGAACUGAACCAGAAGACCACUUUUUCCUAUUGACUGAGCCACCUCUCAAUCCUCCGGAAAACAGGGAACAGGUAGCCGAAAUUUUUUUCGAGGGUUUCAACUGUGCCGGUCUCUAUAUUGCGGUACAGGCGGUACUCGCGUUGGCCGCCUCUUGGACGUCUUCGAAAGUUGUCGACAGAUCACUGACCGGUACUGUUAUAGAUUCGGGUGAUGGUGUCACCCACGUCAUCCCAGUGGCUGAAGGUUACGUGGUUGGCUCCGCAAUCAAGAACAUUCCCAUUGCGGGAAGAGACAUUACACUUUUCAUCCAAUCGCUACUAAGAGAACGUGGCGAGGAAGACACCACAUUGAAAACGGCCGAGCGUAUCAAGCAAGAAUACUGUUAUGUUUGCUCGGACAUCGUCAAAGAAUUCAACAAAUUUGAUAGAGAUGCUCAAAAAUUCGCCCAAUUCAUUGUUGAAAAUACAGAGAAAACAAAACGCAAGGUAAUAGACGUGGGAUAUGAAAGGUUUUUGGCGCCUGAGAUUUUCUUCAAUCCGGAAAUUGCAUCCUCGGAUUUCUUAACGCCAUUACCUACCGUUGUUGAUCACACAAUCCAGGCAUGUCCCAUUGACGUCCGUAAAGGGCUUUACAACAACAUUGUACUCUCGGGGGGAUCUACGAUGUUUAGAGAUUUCGGUCGCCGUCUCCAAAGAGAUAUCAAGGGCAUAGUAAACAACAGGAUUGCAUUGAGUGAGAGUCUAAGCGGUACAAAAUCUACAGGUGUCGAUGUACAGGUUAUUUCGCACAGAAGACAGAGAAAUGCAGUUUGGUUCGGUGGCUCUUUGUUGGCACAGACGGCCGAAUUUAAGAGCUACUGUCACACAAAGAAAGAUUACGAUGAAAUUGGACCUGAGAUUGUGAGAAAUUUCAGUCUUUUCAACAUGGUGUAG